GUCGAAAUAUAUGAAAAAAAUUGUUUUUCAGGAAUGUCAAAAUUUUCGUGGUUAGGUAAUAUUUCACAAUUUUUCGUAAACUAUGCAUUAUUUUGAAGACGAUGAACAGGCGUCCAUCACCUCUAGAGAAUGAACAGUGCAGACAAUGUUCCAGCUUCUCAGAUUAUCUGAAAUCUACAAAAAAGAAAGGAAAAGAUGAUCACAACCUAACAACCGGUGGAUCAAAUCAGACUGUGGAAGAAGAAUCGAAAACAAGAAGAACAGACUGUCCCUUGGAUAAAGAUGAGCUUGGAAACAAAACAUGGAGCUUCUUACACACCAUGGCCGCAAAGUAUCCAAUUACACCCACCGUUACUCAGCAAAACGACAUGAAGACUUUUUUCAAUGUUUUUUCUAAAUUUUACCCAUGCAAUGAUUGUGCUAAAGAGUUCCGUGAAGAGCUAAAAGUGGAACCUCCUCGGGUAGAAUCGCAGGAAGCGCUUAGUCAAUGGCUCUGCAGAAUACACAACAACGUUAAUGUUAAAAUAGGAAAGGAUGUUUUUGACUGCACCAAAGUAAAUGAAAGGUGGAGAGAUGGUUGGUUAGAUGGCUCCUGUGAUUGGUGA